AUGGAUUCCACGGACUUGCAUAUUAAGCUCGACUAUUUGGGCGCCUGUGGGAUAGUUUUGACACCUGAGCAAAAGGGAUCGUUGCAAACAUCUUUAACACUUCUCAGAUAUGAGCAAAAAUUUGUGGUCGUAAAUUUCUGGGGAAUUAUAAAGGGUAUUAAUGGUGACUACUACAUUGCCCAAGGCAUUGGAAAAGAUUAUAUGAACGAUGUCAAAACACUUUACAGUAAAGACUGUAUAAGUUGGGGAUUGUUACCUGUUCCAAGUAAGGACGACAUACAAAAGUCCGAAUAUUUUAAAAUGCGGUUUACUGGGGAUCCACAAUUCGAAUUCCGUCACAUUGAACUUUCACAAUACUUUAAUGAUGAAGAGAUUGUUAAUAAGGAGACAUUGAUCCUCAUGAAGGAAGAAGAUAGACUGGCUGCUGUCAUUAAAAGGAUUGACAAGGCCGUCCGUAUCAUUCCCCGCGGUGCUUUUAUUCGCUUACCAAACGACCAAAUAAUAAGAAAUAAAAAUUAUGAAGGCACUGAUUUUAGUAUAGUUUUCACGGAUUUAUUAGGUCUAACAUUGGCAGAGGCAUCGAAGCUUUCAUCUUAUUUACACUUCCGAGACCCUGUAAAAUACCCCCACAAGCCCCUAGAAGAGCGAAUUAAGCUGGACAAGGCGGUAGACUUCCUGAAUACAAUUGAGAAUGACACUCCAAACGGUUGCUGGUUGAUUCAGCAUGAACGAGGAAACACAGUUGUUUAUCUAAAAAGCCUUCUGUGGCUAGGCUAUAUUUUCUAUCUUGUACCAGAAAAAUCCGUAUAUGGGAGCCUGUACGUCGGUUGCGGUGACUACAACAUUGACUUGCCAUUUAUGCUUUAA